CGGAGUAGGAGAGCCUCGUGACAAGAUUUCAUUCUUCCUGAAUGAAGUAGUAAAGAGACGAACGGACGGAGAGCUGUACUCUGGACAGGGGGGGGACAAAUAUAAAAAGAAAUAUUUAAAAAAAACAGCCGACACUUCAUCUUGCAACGGUGUAUUAUAAACACACACGGACGACACACGUUGAUGUGUAGCUUGGAUGUGGAGCUUGUACUGGGUUAGGAUGUGGAGAUAGGAUGCGGUGAGGUUCACCAUGUGUCUUCGCUAUGACUUGCUCAUCAAAAUGGAUUUAGGUGAAUUUAGGACUAUUCAGACCGCAGUUAAUUGACAAUGUUCGUACACAUGAUUUCUCCUACUGAAAAGGAUCGUUUCCCGCCAACCUCCAACUUCUCUGAUUAAAAAUAAACAAGAGACGAAAAAGCACUUGCGGGACCUUAUCAAAUGACUUCCAGAGUAAGCCCUGACUGGACGACACAUCACCCGUUGCGGCAGGAUGCUACACUUUGGAAUUUACCGUAGAUAACAAAAGAACUGAAAUGUCUGUCUCAAAACAGCAACGCACAGCGAUCAGCUCUGCAUCUCGCCUGUCGCCACCGAAUUCCCGAAUGACUGGCAGGGCGCCGACUCCAGAGGGCGUACCGCUAUGGUUUCAUGGACUCCUGGCGCGGAGUGUGGCCGAGGAUUUACUUUUGAAAAACUCCCAUACAGCUGAAGGUCUGUUUCUUGUCAGGCAGAGCAGCAAUAGAGGAGGUCACUUUGUCAUCUCAGUCUGUACGGGUAUCACUGUCAACCACUAUCUUGUGGAGACUCUAGAGUCCAUGUUCUACGUCAGGAGAGAUCGAAGUGAAGAGAGAGGCCGGGACAUCCAGGCCAGGGACCUGUGUAGCCUGGUUCAAUGCUACCAGGGAUCAGCGCUGGAUGAAUCAGGACUGACUUUGAAAGACGGUCUUCUCAGAACGAUUCCGGUCACCGUAACCGCUCCUCUGACAGCCAUGACAAGAUCAAGAAUCAACCACAAUUACAUCCCGCUUCACAUGGACAACCGGGAAUACAUUGCGCUGGAUGAGUUCACCGCGGGAGAGGACCUGCAGGCCCUGUCCUUCCGCAAGGGCGAAGUCCUCACCGUACUUCAGAAGGAGAGCAAGAACUGGUGGUUCGCCUACAACAUCCAGCACAACCUCGGCUACAUCCCGGCAUCACUGGUGUGCAAUCUGAAGGAGUGGCAACAGAAGUGUAAGAACAGCGCAGCGUUUUGCAAUCUGGGCUGCACUGAUACGGACGACGUGUUUGUGUCCAACCGGGAGAAGACGGACGAGAGCGUCAUCCAGCGGCAGGAAGAGAGAAAAUGUCUACUGGACAUGAACUCUAAUGUACUAGGAGUGUGCGGAUGCUCAAAGUCAAUAUCGUCGAGCCCUGUACGGUGCCAUAGCAGUCCUUCGUUACAGGAGAAUGCAUACAGCAAUAAAGAAACCGUGAACGUCUCUAGUGAGUACAUUGCAUUAUGUCUAGAACACAUGGAGCAUCAGAAACUCUGUGAGAUGCAGAGAUUCUUUGACGCCAAACUCUCUCAGAAUCUCGCCCCAUCUCCGCAGAGGUCGUCGCCCUUUCAUUCCUUGAACUACAGCCCCCAACAAUCUCCCCCAGACUGCAGACGAGAUCUUAAACCAAGGAUCUUGAUGCGGAGCAAGACGGAACCGGCGAACAUCCAUAGUGCGCCGCCUUCCCCACAUAGGAGAGCUUCGGAGGAGACGGUGACCAAAUUAUCCAAGGAGAAUGUACCCUGUUUACUUGUCACUGCAGUCUCCGUUAAUGAAUUGGUAUUGAAUUCACCGGCAAGGAACAACUGUAACAACAAACAGUACACGACACCAAGGGCAUCUCAGAGACCAGAGUUAACAUUACUAACUUGCCAAGAGGAGGGUGAAGACAAACGAAGUACUAAUUGUUCGCCACAGACUGACGACAGCAAACCGGCCAAGCUCGGAGAUACCAUUGCAGCUGAAGGGGGGAAGUCUCAAGAUUCAAACCGAGGGACGGUGACGUUUAAGAUGGAGAACUCGUACGAUCCAGUAGCGACUUAUUUAAGGCUUGCAGAAUGCACAUCUGGCCCACCGACAUCAAUUCAUUGAAAAACAGCAUUGUGUAUUGAGUAUAAAACUAAAAGGAUAGAAGUAUACAAAAUCAAGGGCCAAUUUAUUAGAGCUUCUAAGCCCAGAAAAUGUUUUUUGCUUGGCUCUUUUUUUAAAGGAUAACAAAACAUAACCAUCAUUUCGGGGUUCAAUUUCAUAAUACUGCUAAGCACAGGAUAUAAUUGCUUAACUGGAAACGGAAUACCUGCCAAAAUCAAAGUAGUAAAUAAUUGUAUGUAUCCUGAUUCCCAACUAAUUCUUGCUUAGCCGAUAAUUUGCUAAGCACUAUUUCCUGCUGUAUGUGAAAUUGGGCCCACAUCUGUUUUAAAACCACCAUUUUAUGGUGCUGCUUACCGAGUUUGCUUACAUGCUCUGUACAGGGCGCUGUAAGCACUGAAUUCCCUGGUAAGCAGAGCCAAGAAAUUGGACCCAACACUUUUAUAUUUACAAUACAAAGGUAAAGCACAGCCAAGUUUGAUUACAAAAAGUACAUCCAUGUUUUUUUAUGACCAGAUUGUUAAAUUUUAAUAUUAAACUUGCAAAGUUUCCUGUUGGACCAGAAAAUAGUUUUGCCUUUGCAUUUCUGAAAAGAUACAUCAUUUAAAUACGUAACUCCAGUUUACCUCACCAUACAAAAGAAAUAAUUUUUAUUUGUUUUUCACGUUUAAGAAAGAAGUGUUGUUUCAUGCAAAUGGUAAUUCCAUACAAUGAACUUUACUUGCUGUGUUACUUUUUGGUUUUUCCAAAAAGGGCAAGUUACAUGAUUUUUUGUUCUCACUUUUCGAAGAAUCAAAACCUCACUCAUGAAACACAGGCAGUUGUUGUUCAUACAUGUACCCUCCGGCAAAGCUGGAAAAUAUUUGCCGAUUGUAACUCAAUCUUCACUUUUGGAACUUAAAGGCAGUGGACACUAUUGGUUAUUGUCAAAGACUAGCCUUCACAGUUGAUAUAUCUCAACAUA